CCGCACAGCCAGCGUACUUCGGCAGCCCUGUUUCUAGUAGGAGACAGAGCAGCGUUUAAUAAAGGCCCCGAGGCCCGCCCUACCGAGUCCUGUGAGGGCCACUCGUCCGCUUCCUGUGCUGGGGUCACCUCCGCCCCGCCCGGGAAGCAGAGUUCAACCCGGUAGACUCUGCCCAUUCUUCGUCAUUCUCUGCAGUUAGGAACUUGCAGCAGCCUCUUGGCUGCCGGCGCCACGCCCUCAGCGGGGCUGCGCCCGGAAGUGCCGCCGGGAAAGCCUGCGGGCGGCUUUCCCAUGGCGACGGCCGCCCCGCGGCGCUUCUGCCGCUGCGCCUGCUUCUGCUCGCACAACCUGUACGUGGCGCGCUACGGGCUGCACCUGCGCUUCCGGGACGAGCAGCAGCUGCGCCGGGACUACGGCCCGCUCCUGCGCAGCCGCGGCUGUGUCAGCCCCAAGGACUUCCAGCAACUCUUGGAGGAGCUUGAGCAGGAGGUGGGGCGCCGCCGCAGGCUGGGACAGGAGUCAGCUGCCAGGAAGGCUCUCAUUGCCAGCUCCUACCAUCCGGCGAGGCCUGACCUCUACAGCUCCCUGCAGGAUGCGGCUCUGGCCCCCGAGUUUGUGGCUGCAGCUAAAUAUAGCGCUUCCCCGGGCGCACAUCUUGAGGGCCUUCUCCAGCUGCUGGAGACAGUGUCAGAGGAGAAGCGCAUCUACCGGGUGCCAGUGUUCUCUCUGGAGUUCUGCCGGGCGCUGCUGGAGGAGCUGGAGCACUUCGAGCAGUCGGACAUGCCCAAGGGAAGGCCCAACACCAUGAACAACCAUGGGGUACUGAUGCACGAGCUAGGCCUAGAUGGCCCGCUGGUGACGCCGCUGCGGGAGCGCUUCCUGCAGCCACUGAUGGCCCUGCUGUACCCAGACUGUGGCGGGGGCCACCUUGAUAGCCACCGUGCCUUUGUGGUCAAGUACGCAUUAGGCCAGGACCUGGAGCUGGGCUGCCACUAUGAUAAUGCUGAGCUCACCCUCAAUGUGGCUCUGGGCAAGGCCUUCACAGGGGGCGCCCUAUACUUUGGGGCCCUCUUCCAGGCACCUGCAGCCCUGAAGGACCCCCUGGAGGUGGAUCACGUGGUGGGCCAGGGUAUCCUGCACCGUGGUGGCCAGCUGCACGGGGCUCGGCCCCUGGGCACGGGAGAGCGCUGGAACCUUGUCGUGUGGCUCCGGGCGUCCACUGUUCGAAACCACCUCUGUCCCAUGUGCCGCCAGAAGCCAGACCUGGUGGAUGAUGAAGGUUUCAGUGAUGGCUUCACCCGGGAGGAGCCUCCAACAGUGGAUGUAUGUGCUCUGACUUGAGCCUGACUCCCCCAGGAAUCCGGGAGUGCUGUGGCAGCAGCUCCUGCUGCCAUCCUUGGGUAGGGAGGGCAGAAAUAAACUCCGCACAAUGACAUUCACUGGGUCAAAAGGACACGCCCUCUUCAGACAGAUGGAGCUUUCAUAGGGCAGGGCUCCUGAAAGACAAGCCUAGUUUGGGAUGAAAUACUGAGGGUUAAGGGUGGAGCAACCCAGGAAGGGAAAAGGCCACAAAAAGAUAGUUUUCACCUAAUGAUGUCCAGCCACAGCCUGACCCCUGUGGAGCUCUGACUGGGGACGUGGGGGUGGGGCUUCAGCCAGUGGCUCGAUGGAUCUGGCCAGCAAGGAGGGGCCCCCACCAGACAUCUACCCCAGAUAGGGUGGCUCCCGGGGGCUUAAGUGAAUGUCACUGCUGGGAGUCGGGGGACCAAACUACCUGGGUUCACAUCUCUGUUCUGGCAUGUCCAGUUGUGCAACUGUGGACUCCUUGCAUCCUGGGUGUUGUGGCAGUCCAUCGAGGUGAGAUUUAUAAAGCACUUUGUAACAGCC